UAUACUUUUGUCUGCAUUUGGUAGGGUUUGAUUAAAGCAAUGGCUGAUGUUAUUCCCAAAGCUGAGCAAAGGUUUUGUGUGAGGCAUAUUUGGGCUAACUUCAAGCUCAACUUCACUGGAUCAACCUUUAAGGAGCUGUUUUGGAGAGCAGCUAGGGCCACCACCAUUUUUGAGCAUGAAAUUGCCAUGGAGUCUAUCAAAUUCCUCGAUGAAGAGGCAUAUGAGUAUUUAAUCAACAUUCCUCCCCACCAUUGGUCUAGACAUGCAUUCACACCAAACUGCAAGUCCAACAUGUUGUUGAUCAACAUGUGUGAGACUUUCAAUGCAGUCAUUAGGCCUGCCAGAGAUAAACCUAUCCUCACCCAAAUGGAAUGGAUGAGGAGGUAUAUUAUGAACAGGAAUAAUGAAAAGUGGGAGGAUUCAAAAACAGUUACACACAACUUAGUGCCAUAUGUGAGGCAUGUUCUGGGGAGGAUAGACUUUGUGGCUAGGUCCUGUGUGGUGCAGCCAUCCAGAGGGAAUACAUUUGAGGUGCAGCUGAAGGAUGACCAGGUGUUGGUUGAUUUGGACAAGGAGACCUGCACAUGUAACCAUUGGGAACUCACUGGCAUUCCAUGUGUUCAUGCUUAUGCCUGCAUAUUGGAUAUGAGGGGUGACAUAGAGGCUGCUGUUGACCCAUACUAUACCAUGGACACAUACAAGUCUGCUUAUGAACCAGCUGUCCAACCAAUGCCUGGCCCAAAGCACUGGGAGAGAGUCAGAAUGAGGGAACCACUACCCCCUUCUAUUAAGGUGCAACCUGGGAGACCAAAGAGCAAAAAAAGGAAGCUUGAGCUAGGAGAAUGUUCUUCUUCAGGUGGUCAGGCAAGUACCAAGAGGAAGAAGCAAUGCAGCAACUGUGGGGGAUUUGGGCAUUAUGCCAAGACUUGCAAAGUACCUGCUGCACCAGCUACAGAGCUGAUAAAGUCAGCAGGCAGACCCCCACUGAACACUCCUUGGAUGGUGGAGGAGAGGAAGAAGAAAGAGAUUAGGGCUGCUAAAAAGAGUGCAAUUGGGGCUGGACCAAACAGCAUAGGAAACAAAAAGUUUCCUCAAGAGCAAGAAGGUUGUCUGCCAUUCAGCAAGCGCCCACAGCCACAGUCUUCCUCAGCUCAGCAUUCCUCAGCUCAGCCAUCCUCAAGUCAGCCAUCCUCAGCUCAGCCUUCCUCAAGUCAGCCUGCCUCAAGUCAGCCUGCCUCAAGCCAACCAAAAAGAAAGACAAGGUCUUCCUCAAGUCAGCCUACAACAGCCACAGGUGUUGUAACAAGGGCCAGGCUGCAAUCCCUCAACAACCUUACUCAGUGAUGUACUCAUGCUGGAUAUCAAACAUUAUGUCUGUUGAACAAUUUCAAACUUUUAUUAUGUACUCAUGACUGGUUAUGUAACUUGCUAGUUUUUUAGUGGCUUCCCUUAACAAAUUUGAACAAUUAGAUAUUGAAUUGUAAUGGUUGCAUGGCUUUGAUUGCCAUUGAAACAUGUUGAAGUAAGGUUCUUUUGUCAACCUGUACUUGAACUAUCUUAGUGUUUCACAUAUUUCCCAUGUUUUAAUGUUUCACAUGUUUAAAUCAUUUUCCAAUGUUUAAACAUUCUCAAUUUAACAACUUAGACAAGACAUAAAUAGGUUGAUUAAAAGACAUAUUUAUAACACUUCAAGUCAUUACAAGAAAUUAUAACUACUUAAUACAGCUUACUAUUACACACCCCUAGCCAUUAGGAAAACUACACCCAUUGACAAACCUAUACAAAUGGCCAUGCCCACCCAACCAAACCAGUCGAUUGAAGACACCUUCCCUUCAUUGCACUCCCUGUUCAUUCUCUUCCUGUCAGCGUUCAAGGCCUUGCAUCUCAUCUUCAAAUUAUCAACUUCAUUAAGUAGGCACCUCCUUUGGCCACUGAUUUCAUCAACUUCCCUUUUCAAUUCAUUAACUUCACCCUUUAGCAGCUUCUUAUCCAACAACAGGUUGUUGAUAACCCCUGUUUGCCAAUCUGUUCCAUCAGGUUGAUCAACCCAUUUGAAAGCUUUGCAACCCUU